UACAAUCCUCCAUACAUACUCUGUAAUUUCAUUGAAAUCGGGCAUAAAAGUAGUCGUUUAAAAGGUAGAACUGUUCGCCGCAUCACAGGUGCAGGACUCGAAAUUGGUAAAUCGACUAUCCUUACAUCAAAUUGGCCAAUAAAAUUGGCAGUAGCGCCUUCCAAUCUUGUUCCCGAAGAAAUAACAUUUGAUGUAGUUAUGCCUAGUUCAGGAACCAUUAUUGUUGUCUUUAAGAUACAGACUGAAGCAAGGAAAACGGUGCGCUCCGCAAGAACAACUUCUGUCUGUUCGUCCGAGCUCCAUUUUGUUUUUAAACGGCCCCACGGCUUUCUGGGUAGACACAGGGGAACCAUAAAGCCUUUCUAGAAUACAUUUUUUUUUUAAAUUUGCGCAUAUGAUGUUUUCCAACCUCAGCAAGACUGCCGCACUUCCAUUAUCAUCGGACGUAUCAAAUCAGAGAUGCCCCUUGCACGUUUAAAUACCGCUUAUACUACUUUUAUUGGGAAUUUUAGUCAACCUGAUUAAAAACUUCUAGUGUAACAACAAAAGGGAAGCCCCUGUGCUGGCCGGAAUCUCGUUUUUAUUUGUGAUACCGCUGUUAUUCCUCGCGGGCCUAGCAAAAUGUGAGUCCAGAGAAACCGCUGGCUAAUGUCCCUUAUUUCUGGGAAUGGUUUUCUACAUUGUCAAUGCAGACUUCUAUCAUACGGAUAGGAAAUGUGUCCAAUUUAUUUAUUCAUCCAUAAGAAGAAGACAAGAAUCAGAGACUGCUGAGAUGGAGUACACUAAUGCAUCAGUACAACUUGAAGGCAAAGACAAUCUAAUAGCAGACUUCCUAUCCCGUUCUUUUUGUAACUAAAUGAAACCAAAAGGGGACUUGCGCUAAGAGAUCAUGUGACUUUUUUGGGUGGCAAAUUCAAAACAAAAUAAUCAACAAAAAAAUCAGAAAUGACUACGCCCGUCACACCAAAGAACGAUGAAAAAGUAAAUCUUGAAAUGAAACUAAACCCUUUCUAAAAAAAGCACUGUGGCUUUUUUCGUAAGCGCUGAAAAAGUUGCUUUUUGUUCCUUUAAUUUUGCCGCUAAAAGCCUGAGCGCGCGCUAGUUUGCCACCCAAACAGUCACGGGAUCUCUACGCGCAAGUCCCCGAUGAUUGCAGACCGUCUCCAUAUCGAAAGUUUGUUACUAGUUGAAUCUUUGUGGGACCGUGUGGAAAGCCCGAGUUAGACAGCACCGCCCCAGGGAAGGGGGGCAUAUUGAACAAGUGUGUUAGGUUUUGAUUAGGACUACGGCUUCUUGUAAGCAUCUUAGACUACGAAUAAAAAGAGAUAAUUAGCAUAGUAGUACGUAUGUGACGGAUAUACGGUAUGGUUUGGGUAUUUAAAUCAAUUAAGUUAUGCGCAAAACAUAUUAAAAAUUCACUGCAUGGCCAACAAAGAAACAGUUUGAUGUCCUUAAAUUACCUCUGCUACUGCUUAAAUUGCAAAACCCACUGAAUUGCUUAUUGGCAAAUUACCCAAGAGUGACAAAUUGACAAAUUACUAAAAAGUGACAACCAUUACUUAGUCAAAACAAUGGUUGUUUAUAGGGCUAGGAACAGCUAUGUAAAUUUUAAACACCUUUAGUGAAAAUUUUUACAAAAAAGUAUUCCCUGAUUUCAGAAUAUGGAUUGUCACCUACUAGUAGUUUUCAUUUAAAUAAAAAAAAAACUAAUAACAGAAACGAUGCUAAAAAGACAGGUGAUGCUAUCUUUGGGGAAUUGUAUAAGAACCUAACCGGACAACUCAUAACAAGGUCUUAUACAAUAUUCGCUCAUGGGCCGAAUAUAGUUUAAAUUCAUAGAAAGUAAAUACAGUACUCUUUAAUGAUCAGUAUACAUCUGAACUGAAUAAUCUUGCCAGACCUAACGUGUUAAAUUAGAUAAAUAGAUGCCUUUUUUUAAUGAGGGAUUCACUUAAUAUCACACGUUAAAUUCUUGGUAUAGGCAACAGAAAGAUGGUUUUCGCAGCGGUGGUAGCAGGUAAUUGGAAGCUAUGCCCUCGUUACUAUGGGUAAAUCAUUCAACAACGUCUCACCCUACUAAAUUGCGAUAAACGGAGGAUGCUAUGAAAAAAAAGCCCUCGGCUGCUCGAGGAAAAGUUAAUAAUCAAGAAAGGUUUAAGUAUAAGCUAGAUUUUGAAAGCUAGCUUCUCAGUUUAAGGUGAUGGGAGUAGAGUAAGCUAUUUCAUAAUAGUAUUACUCCACCUUUAAUUCGCGCAACAUCAAAGCACUGUAAUAAACGCUAAAACAAAUAGUCCACGGUGGAUGCAAUGAGCGGAAUAUUUCGUCUUGUUCCAUAUGAGGAAAAAGUAAAGGUCAAUAACAAGGAAAGUUUAAGGUAAACCAAGAUGAGUAAAACUGACCCUUGCCUUUGUGAUAAGCACUAGAACAUAUACUCCACGAAGGAUGCCAUGGACAAAAGAUUUCGCUUGCUUCAAUCAGGAACGAUAAAAAGAUCAAUCACAAGUUCCAAUUGAGCGCUCUUUCCAAGCAAACAAUGAUGAGUAACUCAACCUUGUCUACGCGCGAAAUCGGAGUGGUAUCUAUGGUGUGGAGCCCAGGGAGGAUAAAUGCAGCCGUCGUGGGCCUUACUCUGGCCGCCGUGUUAAUUGUGAUGGGUAAUGCCCUUGUUAUGUAUGUCAUCCUUACAACAAGAGAACUAAGGAAAAGAGAAGCGAACUAUUUCGUGGUGAACUUGUCCUUCGCGGAUUGCUUAGUGGGAAUGACAGUAAUUCCCAUAUCCGUGGGAGUCCUUCUUCAACCGAGUAAUAUCAUUCAACAUAAAAACUUGCGAGACUUCUUAGGCUUUGCUAUUUUCUUUUUUUGUAUUUGCUCAAUUAUGAGUCUAACAGUUCUUUCGUUGGAUCGCUAUUUUGCAAUCACAACCCCAUUUCGGUAUAUCGAGGUUUUAACCACAAGACGAGCAGGGAUGAUAUCCUCUUCGGUUUGGAUUUACUCGAUAGUUUGCGCUUUGCCUCCUAAAUUUGGAGUUAGUUCAUAUGCUUGUUUUAUUCCUAAUCUAGAUACAUGUGAUUUCGAAGACUGGUCUGGUUCUACCAAAGCCGUGAUAUUCGCUUGUCUAGUUCUAGGACUCACAUACGUACUAGCUUUAACCAUAAUGGCGUUCGCGUAUUGGAAGAUUUUCAAGGUGGCCCGCACACAUGCUAGAAAGAUAAAGGGGCAAAAUCUGGUUAAUCCCGAAUGCAAAACGACAUCAUUUGUUCAAACACGAGUCUUUCCAAAGAAGUCGACAGGGAAAGGGAGCAGCAUGUUAUCAAAAACGCAAAUCGGAAAAUCGGUCAUGAGAACAGGUGCAUCGAAAAGUGAGACCAGAAAAAAUCACUUGACGGUUAUUCACAACCCGAAAAGGGUUCAAAACAAUUACCAGGAACUAAAAUUAGAAAGCAUUUCUGGUUUAGAAAAUCCAUCCUUGAAUUUGGAAAACGAACGCAUUAAAAUGCCCCAAACGCAGGUCUUAAAAAGCACCGACAGCAUAAUAUCAACAAUAGAACCUUCCGUUUUUGCAGACGGAGAACGAAUAAACGCAGAUGCGCGAAAGCGUCGAAGGCUUUCCCGCGAUAGACAAACCGAUAUUCGCAUAGCCAAAGGAUUUCUUGUCGUCAUAGGCGCUUACUUCGUAUGUUGGACGCCCUUUUGUGUUGGACUCGCUGUGGAUAUAGUCACGAGGGAGAAAAGAACAGAUGAAACACUAAGUUUGGUUUUCCUGUGGUGUGGGUAUGCCAAUAGCCUACUAAACCCGGUUAUUUACACUUGGAAGUACAGGCAGUUCAGGCAGGCUUUGUGGAAGGCAUGGUGUAAUUUGAUUGGCAAACAUCAGCAUAGACACCAUGACGUCAUCGGGAUAACAAAUAUCACCAAACGACAUUGAACCCCCCUCCUGCCCCAAGGUUACUGAGAGGGUAGCUGCUUUAGCGUAUUGGCCUACAGGCGCACAUCGGCGAAAACCAGAAAUCUAAAAGAAAAUGCUAGUAACUGAUAUACUCCCGGUCAAAUGUUUAAAUAAAAGUAGCAAUCUCU